AUGUGCAAUAGGGCUACGGGUUAUAUCAAAGAGUCUACUAGAGAGGUAUUAAGUGUCUCAACCGGCUGGUCUGACAGGUAUCGGAGGGAUUGGUGGUGGAAUAAAGAUAUUAAGAAAAAGGUGGAGACGAAGAAGGCGGCUUAUGCUAAGCUGGUUGAGAGUAAGGAUGAUGAGCAGAAGAGGGUAAGUAGGGAGAAGUACAAGUUAGCUAAGAAGGAAGCUAAGUUAGCAGUUACGACUGCUAAGACAAUAACCUUCGAGAGUUUGUAUGAGGGGUUAGAAGAGAAAGACGGGGAGAAAAGGUUGUUUAGGCUGUCCAAGGCUAGGAAGAUGAAGGGUAAAGUCUGGACCAAGCUCUUGAAUGAAGAGGGGCACAGAGGUAUUAUGUUAGGGGAGUUGGAGCAUUCUGGGGAGCGCUGCAAUGUUAUCUAUUAUUGGUCUUUUAAGGUUAAGAAGGUAAGAGAGGCUAUCCAAAAGAUGAGAAUGGGCAGGGCAACGGGGCCCGACGAGAUCCCGGUGGAUUUUUGGAAGUUUUCUGGCGGGCCAGGGUUAAGGUGGCUGACCAACUUGUUCAACAACAUUUUCAAGUCCGCAAAGAUGCCUGAGGGGAAUGGAGAGAUUGAUAAGGAUGACUCUUCCCGUAUUGGGGCAGGUUGGAUGAAACGAAGUCUCGCUUCGAGAAUUUUAUGCGAAAAGAAGGUGCCCCCAAGCUGA